AUGAUUUCAGUAGAUGACAGCGGACCGCCGGAUCCGCCACCUGCUUUAGCGAUGGAAAUUGUUGGCUCGGAUUCGGUAUGUCUUCGCUUUUCUGAGCCCGAAGAUCAAAACCUCGCCGUUUGUACCAAAGUGAAAGCUCAAUGGAGUCCCGAUGAGAAUUUCUGCGUGAUACUGGGCGAGAAAGAGGUCUUGGACAUCCGUGCCCGGCAGUUGACGGUGACUCAGCUCUCGCCGGGUUCCCGGUGCUUCUUCCGUCUCGCCUGCGGCAACAUCAAAGGAUACAGUCCUUACGUCAACGCCCAACCCUCGUCGGGAGUCCCCUCGGCCUGGAGAGACGUUGACGGGCAGAAGCCGAGGUUUCUGGGCAAAUGCAGAGCCCUGGAUGAUCUGUUCGAGAAGCUGCUGUCUUGUCGGCCUGCUGAUGCGUCUGAAAUCCGUGACAUGGAGCACAAUGCGAGCGAAGACGAAGGCAAACGUGUUCAGAAGAAGAGCACCAUCAAACAGUUCUUCACAGCUGCGCCGAAAUUUGAAAAGGAGAAGCUUCUGAAGAGGGGCCUUCAUUUGGCGUGCAUAUUCUACAACGAAGACAAGAUCCUGGUGACGAAUGAAGAACAUUUGCCGAUCGUGGAGGUGGACGAGAAUUCGCCGCCAGGUCCGCUUCACACCGACUACAACUGGCUCACGAAAGUGGCUUGCACUUGGAAAGACGUCAAGACGCUUCGCCAGGACAUGGAAAAGCUCUCCACGUCUCCCCAAAUUGAGCUUCGGUCGAAAAUCCUCUCGGCUGUCACUCUUUUCCAGGGAGCACUUGGGAUUCAGGAGCUGGGGCAGUUGUACUAUCAGCACUUGCGUGACGGCUGUGGAACAGUACUCAUUAGCAGCGUGAACCAAAUCAAAAACCCGAAGAACAUUCAGAGUUUGAGCGUGAAAUGGAUCCCGAUGAAUAAGUUGCAGCGGAAAUCCGCCAGCAUUGGAGGAGGCAGUCGGAACAAUAGUGAAGCUAGUUGCAGUGAAUCCGAACCCACUGUCGGCGACUUACUUCUUUCUACAAUUCACGACCAGAUUCUUUACGAUCAACGGAGUAGAGUGGCAUUGCCGGCGGGGCUUUACCUUGGCUACAUCAAGUUACAAAGUUCCAUGGACUUGCUUUCCAUCCUUGUACCUGAGAGAACGCCCAACAUUUUUCCGCAUAUCAAGAUCCGGGACAACAACCAUGUUUCCGGGGAAGAAUGGGAGUGGUUGCAGAGCUUAUCAAAGUGCCAAGACGACGGGAUCCUGAGUGCGGGUGGGGGUUCUUCGCAUCUCUUGGACAUCCCUUCCAUCUUUGAAAGGCAAAUCGCGGUUGCUUUGAAGAAGCUUUUUGCGUACCUCGGUGUAGCCGACAGCAGGAAUGCUGCCAGCAGCCACAGGAUAUACAUUCGAGAGGUGCUGGAAGUGAGUCCCGAGGUGUCGUUCAUCAUGGUCCUGCCCUUGCCCGAGAAUGUUUGCUCGAUCCCUGGACAAACGCACGAAUUGUUGACUGAGAGACGGGACUUCAUCUCCGUGCCGGUGUCCGUGUUCGAAAUGGCCCAUUUGCGAACCUAUCAACGAGAAUUCGUGUCCCGGUACUGCCGACUGUUUUCUAUUCUCGAGCUGGACCAGAGCUCGGCUCAGCAGGCCAAUCGUGAGGCCUUUUCCCGGUUGGAAGUGGACGCAGCCCGGAAACGCAUCGUGCAGCUCCAAGAAGUGCAAUCCCAACUGGACAACACGUGGAAAGGCGCCCGAUGGAUCAUGGACAUCCUGUCCUACGCCCGCGACAAGUCCUGUCCCUCUGGCAGCCUCUCGACUGCCACCCUGCUGGCCCGUCACUGGGCCACCCCCAUCACCACCGACACCUCUGCCCUCAUCCCGACCUCCUUCUCCUCCUCCUCGGCCAACACGGAGAACAACAAUCCUUUCCGCGUCAAGAACAACCCGGCGUCGUCUCAGGACCACUGGCCUCCCGCGAAAACCCUGCCGCCACCGCCGCCCAAGGAGAAGAACCUGUUCAAGUCCCACACUGCGAGCAGCAUCAACGUGCCCCCGUCGCACCACCAUCAUCAUCACCAACACCACCACCAUCACCACCACAAGAAACCCGGCGAGUUGGAGCACUCUAAUUCCCUGGUGGUCCCGGCAGAUGGCUCUGAAACACUGCAUGUGAGCAGCGAGUCGUUGUUCCUCGUGCCGACGGUGGCGCCUGGCAAGUCGGCUGGGAGAAUAGUCAGUGGUGGUGGUGGUGGAGGAGGGCACCAGCCGCUGCACCCGGGCGCCACGCUGAACCAGUCCCACAGUGAGAACUCGUUGAUGGUGCCCAAGGGCCUGGAAGCCACGUUGACGGGUCAUCAAGUGAGCAGCAGCAGGAAAGUGAGUGCACCCGACUGCCUGGAGGAGGCGAUGGGCAAGAGUUUCCAGAAGGCGGAUGAGAACGUGGCGAAGAAGAAGAAGUAUUCGCUGGAUGUGGGGGCGCCGCAGCCGCCGGCGACUGGGUUGCUGUACAGGCACUUGAUGCAGCCCGAGCAGCAACAGCAGCAGCAGGUGACGAAGCAGCAGCAGCCAAGUGUGCCGUAUCCAGAAAGUGAGCAGUCUGCAGGGUCUAGUUGUUCUGCGAGUCUGAGGUCGUUGUCGUCGAAUGAGGAGACGGAGAAUGUGGAUGUGCUGCAGCAGGGUGGGCCAGAUGAACCCAGCGUUUUGCAGGUUUAUGCAGCGUACAAAACGGGUCUGGCAGCAGGCACAAGUGUGAAGCUGCACGUCACCUCGCAAACCUCAGCCCGGGAAGUCGUGGACCUGGUAGUACAACAACUGAACAUGGCAGUGGUCCUCAAGGGAAAAGGCGGCCCCGUGUACAGCGUGGAGCAGUUGAAAGACUUUUGCCUAGUGGCGGUCAUUGGAGCUCGGGAACGGUGCCUGAGGGACGAUUUUCAGCCGCUGAAACUGCAGAACCCGUGGCGCAAGGGGCGGUUGUUUGUGCGCAAAAAGGGCGACGUGUUGGCCGCCCUGCAACACGGCCACGUGUCCCCGCAAACCUCGUAUCUGUGAUGAUGGGAUGUAUUGCCGUUCAUUCGCUGCUGAGAUAGUUGAACGUAUUCUUCAAUGGGAGGACUUAUGACAAAAUCAGAAGAAAGUAUCUUGCACUAGUUGGCAGCUGUUUGUUUGUUUUGCUGUGCUUUUAAGGAGGCCGGAAUCUAUUUAAGAGUCGAAGGAGAAAAACUCAUGGGCUCUUGCGAGUCUUAUAUCUGAAAUAUCAAUGUCACUGCAUUAACCGACGACAAACAAACAAUGAUUGCUGUUAGUGAUUUUCAAUCUUCACACUUUUAAGGGUCAGUUUGAAUUUUCUGUAAGAACUUGUAUGGCGUUGUGUCGGUAAUUGUAGGUGAACAACUUUGCCGGAAUUUGUCACUUUUUAUAUCAGUUGUUGGCGUUGAAUCAUGUUGAUCAUACCAAAGUAGAAGUGAAGUCUGACGGCGCUUUGCAUGUGGAGGGAGACCGUAGCUUCAUUUGUGCAACACUUGUGAUUGGAACAGCGUUCUGUGUACUGCUUGUUUUUGUGUGUGCGACUGAAUUUCAGUCGCUGACGAGGGGUAGAUAAAAGAUCGAUUUCGUAUGAUGGGUGUUUUUAGACAGAAUGUAUGAUCAUCUUGCAAGUGUGUUUCGCUUUCAGAGUCGACAUCUUACUCUCACAUUUUUCUCCAAGCU